ACUCCUUUAUUUAUUUACAUUUUAACAUUUUUUGCUGCACUUGGUGGCUUUUUAUUUGGAUAUGAUACAGGAGUGAUAUCAGGUGCUAUUAUUUUGCUUAGAAAUACAUACAACUUGUCUUCAGUGUGGCAAGAGGCGGUGGUUAGUGUUACUGUAGGGGCAGCAGCUAUUUUUGCACUCAUUGGAGGUUACCUGAAUGAUAAGAUGGGAAGAAGACCAGUGAUAAUGGUAGCAAGUUUAAUUUUUACCAUUGGAUCUAUAUCUAUGGCGAUAGCAAAAGAUAAAUUUACUCUGUUAUCUGGCAGAAUUGUGGUAGGAUCUGGCAUUGGUGAGUACAAUGUUAUUAUCUCUCUGUAUAUC